CUUACAGCGCCAAGCACCUACAUCGAGACCCUACCAAGCAAGAACCUCCGCUCACACCUCCUCGACGCACUAAACACCUGGCUCCACCUCCCGCCCACCCCACUCGCCGCUUUGAAAGAGUUAAUCCGCGAUCUGCACAACGCCUCCCUAAUCCUCGACGACAUCCAGGACAACUCGGCGCUCCGACGGGGUCACGCCGCCACGCACCGGGUGUUCGGGGUCGCGCAGUGCGUCAACAGCGCGACGUUCAUGAUCGUCGACACGGUGCGGAAGCUUAGCGAGGUGGUGCAGACGGCGGCGGCGGGGGAAGAAGCAGGGCUAGCAGCGGCGGCGGACAAAGCGCAAACCACCCUCCUCUCCAGUCUAAAAGACCUCUUCACCGGCCAGAGCUGGGAGCUGAAAUGGAAGGCCGAGAACCAUUGUCCGUCUCGUGCGGAGUAUUUGGGGAUGGUGGAUGGGAAGACCGGGGCGUUGUUUGUGUUGAUUGUUCGGCUUAUGUUUUGUUUGUAUGCGUUGUCAUCCGGAAAAAUGGGGGUGGAGGGGGUUUUGAUGGGGAAGUGCGAGGGCUUUAUGAUGCUGCUUGGCCGCUACUACCAGGUGCGUGACGAUUAUCGGAACCUCGUGGAUGGGCGGUACACGGCCCAGAAAGGGUUCUGUGAGGAUCUUGAGGAGAAGGAGUUUUCGUUUCCGGUUGUG